AUGAGAGAGAGGUUAACAAGUGAGUCGUGCCUCAAGAAUGUUUUGACCAAAAAGUGCAUCAAGUGCAAGUUUGGCUGCCGGGAAAAAUUUUCGACAGAGCUGAAGUUCACUGAGUGGCGCAAGUUUCGUGAGCAUUGGGUCAGCCUUUCCAAGCUUGACCAGGACCAAAUUGUGUUCGACCGGAUUCGCCAAAUUGUCCUUGCUUCUCAGUCUGAAAAGUGCCAGCCGAAAUGGCUACUACUGGGUGAACGCGUGUGUUUGCGUGCGUGGAAACGUCUCCAUGGAUUAGGCACUGCUCGCUUUGACCGACUUCGAGAAGCUGUGGAUGCUGGUAAAUCAACGCCUCCAGUUGACCUGCGGUUUUUGCAAUCUGAGCAGCCCAAAGAGAUUGAUGGCUCCAGCAGUACAUCAAAGAUUGUUUCGUAUCUGGAAACCUUGUACACAUCAGUCGCAGAGACACUUCCAGAUCACAGAGAGGAGUUGGCUGAUCCGGGUGAUGCCUGUGUUAUGUAUUCUUUAGACAGCAUGCCCGAUGACCCUUAUGCAAAAUUUGCUGACAUUCAGAGGCAGCUUUCUUUGCAUCAAGAUAUGGCUGGUGCUGCUUCUAGCAAAGUAAAAGUCCGUAAGCCCCGCAAGAAGGUGAAAGGAGGCGCUUUAAAUCUCAAUCCGGACAAAGCGGGCAUGGAGGAGAGGUACCUGCCCCCAGGACGAAUGAUGGAUUACUACCAGCAAUUCGUUGCAACCUUGGACGAUGAAUCGAAAAUUUCAUUCUGUCAAUUUUGGCGUGUAUGGAGCUCCAACUACAGCCACAUGAAGUUUCGAUCGACAAGUUCGCACAGUGUGUGUUCAGUUUGCACCAGACACAAACUCAUGAUCCGUGAGUUAUCUGGACAUCUCAAUGCCCGGAAAAAGCAAACGGAACUGUUAGCUAUGCAUCUCCGCUCCCAGUACUUAGAUCGAGCAUUGUACUGGGAGCGGAGGGGUGUGAGCAGACUGGGCUCCAUGGGCGAGGUUACAGUGAUUAUUGAUUCUAUGGACCAACAAAAAUUCUCAUACCCACGAAGCGACCUGUAUCGUGCCAAAGACCUGAGCACGUUGCAGCGCCCCAGGGCGCACGUUACUGCGGUAAUCGUUCACGGAUACUUCGUUCUCAUAGCGAUUUCUGACCACGACAUGCCGAAGAAUUCAAACUGUAUGUGUGAGAUUCUAGGACACGUUUGGACCCGUCUGAGAAUGAAUGGCAUCGAUACCACACGGCUCCGCUUUCGAGUUCAAAGCGACAACACGUCGAGAGAAUGCAAAAACAAUAUAGUUUUAGCAUUCUUAGCAUCCCUUACAGCGCGUGGCCUGGCCGCAGGCACGACAUUGUCGUGUCUGCGGUCAGGUCACUCGCAUGAAGAUGUUGACCAAAUGUUUGGGAAGCUUGCUGGAUGGAUGAGUUCGAAAGGUCGCUAUGCCCGCCACCCAGAUGACUUCAUGCAAUUGAUCAGACAGUGGCUUUGUGAAUUGAAACGCCCAUACGAAAAGGACCGUUAUUGCGUCAAACUUGAUCAGCUACGUGACUGGCAGCUUGGGCAAGAUAGGGCAAAGUGUUAG